CAUGCCCAACCUGGUGAGGAGGAGGAGGAGGAGGGGGAGGAGGGGGAGGAUGCACUGGAAGACGAUGAGAGAGACGAAGAAUGUAAGAGUUGAGAUGUCUGACAGCGAAACCCAGGAGCUGUUCUCUUCUCGGCGUCGCGGCUGUUUCCAGUUGACGUGAAACAGACCGACCCUCACUUCUUCUUCUCUCCCCCCCUCUCGACUCUCGGUCUCCCUCGUACCGGGAGGGAGCGGAUGAACGUGGACCGCAGUGGCACCAGCAGCGCGCCGCCUGCAGCAGACGGCGACCCAACGGCAUCUCAUCAUCAUCAUCCUCAUCAUCUCCGGGUGGGAAAACGCUGCAGCUCCCUUCAAACCUUUCCUGGUAUGAGGAAUAGGGAGCUGUUGAAGGUGUCCCAUGGGCAUGUUUGUCCUCUGUCCUCCGACCAACAGAGACUCAGCACACAGACGUUCUGGGAGGGAGAAGAAAGACCGUCUAAAAAUAACCUGACACUCACCACCAGCAGAAAAACAAACGCCAAAAAAUAAAAAAUUAAAAGGACGACGACUCGUGUUCGCCCUGACCGACUCUUUCUCUGCUCCAUUUCUGUUUCUCUGUCCUCAUUACGAGAGGAGGUCAUGUCCCAGUCUGGGAAAGUCCUUCAUCUGUAUGUGGAAGUGAGGUCUGCCCCAGAUCAGAAUGGAGGGAAAGGGGAGUUUGGAGGGAGUGGAGAAGGAAUUGCUCAGGGGCAUUCGGUUCAGGACAGUCCUGCGGAGCUCCUCUCUCAGCUAGCGAGCCAGACAUCUGUCAACAAGGCCUCCCCAGCUCACCGCCUGGUUCAGGACUCCACACCCAGCCAGUCUCCUUCUCGAAACAGUGUCAGCUUUCAGCUCCAGCAAACCAGCAGCUCACCUACAGUCACCAACCGCUGGAGUUCACCCAUCCACUCUUCUCCAACACCAUCUUCAGGAAAGGUCUCUCAGACUCCUGCAACACGUCAGAGGUCCAACGAGGAGGAUGUCAGAGACAGGAAGCGAUCGGUGGUCACCUUCAGUUACAUUGAGAAGUCCAGUGUGAAGACUUUAGACAGUCCGCGCAACUCUCCGUGCAUGAAACAAGCCAGUGACGAACGCGCUAGCCUCUCUCACUUUCAAAAACGCCUCAACGACCCAGUCUGGUUUGGAAGUCCAGAUUCAUCGUGCAGCUCCAGUCCCAAGUUGACUUUCCAAUCUCCAGGAAGUCACCAGCAAUCAUUCUCCCCCGGCCUCCGCCAGCCACACUUAGACCCCAUCGGCAGGGCAGCUACCCAGAGGGCUGUGGAGGAGUUUGGGUCCCCCUUACUGAGGAUAAAACUCGCCCACGCACUUGAGCAAACCUCAACCUUACGCUACAGCCAACAGCCACGCUGUCAGUCCUGGGCUGGGUCUCCUGUUCAGCGACAGAACAUCAGCGUGAACCCUAAAGACCACAUUGCAGAUCGAAGCCAGGUGAUUUGUGGGCGGCCUCGGAGCACAGGGUCAGACCAACUAUCUUUUCAGUCCAGGCAGCCCUCUCAUUUGAGGCCUGGGUCUUGUGUUGAGCCUGAGAGCCCUCUUCAGUUUUCAGGAGAGGAUAGAACUAUGGCAGGAAGUCCGGCGACCAAAAGGUCCUGCAACAAGAGCACUUCACCACAGGGAACAAUCCUUCCGCAUGGCAAUAAUGGAGUCGAAGGUUUAAACCAGUUAAGCGACAGCAAAACCUCUUCUCCAGUUCACAGCCCCGAAGUCUCCCGCAGGCUGGCGGAGGAGGCUGCCAAAGUAUCGUCAAUUUUUACUGAGGCGAGGAGGUCCUCACUGCACAACGCUUUGGGUGAGCUUGCAAGCAGCUCAAACUCUGGAGAAUCAGCUCCAGAUGCACAACAGUUUAAAAUGAACAUCCCUUUAAAUGACCGACACACGCCAGCAACUGACAACACUGACCCUCACCAGCCUGAAACAAACUCACAUAUUAAUAACGAGGCACACCGGGACGACUGCAUUCAGAAGUCCCAGCAUCAGAGUUCCCCCGCGCUUCCUUCACGCGUAUUUCGCCCCUCUCAUCCCCCCACUGAGUUCAGCUCUCCCAUCAGGGACCCCAGGCUAUUCCAAGCCGAGAUCCGAGCACCAGAUACCCCCACCCUCCAUCGCCGUCAGCCUCCACGGUACACAGGGGACUCCUGGUCGCCGAGCCUAGACAGGAGAGAAGACCUGAGCUGUCUCGAGAAAGGGGACUGCACGGAGCUUGCUCGCAGGCUCUUUAUCAAUCAAAGUGUCGAGGAGUCACCCGUCAGCUGGACUUCCAGACAGCAGUGGGGGAACCAUGUAGAAAACAGCCCACGGCCAAGCCCCGGGCCUGGAUAUGAGUCCAGCGGUGACCAAACUCCUGCUCAUGGAUCCAGGGGAUGCCGUCGGCCGCUCAGUCCCACGGCCCAGCAGAAACGGGCCGAACAGAGGAGGAGAGAGAUCCUUCUUCUGGGACCUGUUGUACUGGACUCUGGAGAGGAGGAUGAGGGUUGUGAUGAGGAAGGACAGGACAAUGUGGUGGAGGGAUAUGUUGAAGGGAUGCAGCCUCAUUCGCAAAGGGUAGAAGAGCAUCCAGAGGUGGAGCAGAACGGCGUAAUGGGAGGGUCGUCCUCACGGAGCUCCAGUGGGGUGACUGGGAGCUUGGGGGAAAGGGACUGUGUGUCCCCAGAGUCCAGUCAGUCCAGUCACCAGAGCAAUGAGACCGGAGCGGCCACCUCGGGAAUACAGACCGACAGUGGAAGUGCAGCGCCUGUGCCUUCGCUGCAUUGUCAGAGGAUUGCACGAGCUAAGUGGGAGUUUUUGUUCGGGACCCCUGCAGAGGAGGCUGCAAGCAGGGGGGAGAAAAAUUCUCUAGAAGCCUCUACGGCGCCUCCCAGUGGCAACUCCAGUGAGUCUCCCACCCCGACUCCCCCGUCCUCCCUACCUCUGCUGUCUGCGAAUCAUGAGGUGCAGCACGUGGAGGUGGAGCUGGUGACCCCUCCCCCCGCCGUCAUCGGGACGUCGCCCAAGACGGGCAUCAUCCGCAGGACUCUGAAGUAUUCCGAAACGGACCUGGACGCCGUCCCUCUCCGCUGCUACCGCGAGACGGACAUAGACGAGUUGCUGCUGGCCGAGCAGGACGACGGCGACUCGGCGUUUGGGAGUAACCGCAGCGUGCAGGGCACCUCUGGGACGGGCAGCAGCCCUCUGGGUGGGAUCCAUUAUGGGAGGACGGAUGGGGGGGAUAGGAGAGGGGAAAGAGAGGAGGAGGAGGAAGAGGAGGAGGAGGAGGACGACGAUGAGGAGGAGGAGGAAGAGGAGGAGAUGGUGAGCUGGGCAAGUGUGAGGAUGCAAGGAGACAGCAGGAAGCAGCAGUACGCCGCUCGGGACGAGGUUUUUGGACACCUCCUGAAGAGACCGAUGGAAACAUUUUUCGACAACCACCACCCGGCCCUGAAAUCCCCCAUCUUGGUCUCCGGUCCCCGUGGUGCCGCAGAGGACACCUUCAGCCGCCACUUUGAGAGCAUCAUGGAGUCCCACCGGGCCAAAGGGACGUCGUACAACAGCCUGGACAGCGAGGAGCUGCUGACCUCAAGCACCCAAACUGUCCUGACGUUCGACAUGCCCACGCUGACCCCUGCCAUCCACGGACCGGUCUGCCACAGCGCCCGGCAGAUCGUCCAGCUCAGCUUCGCCCCGUUGGCGCACCAUGAGCGGCCCAGUCUCUCCGAUUCUAUCAUUACCGUGACGGGGGACUCGGACGCCACCCGGGCGCCCUCCAGCGAGAGGCUGAGCAGCGGUUCAGACGAUACGCCACCCAGAGGACAAGAGUGCACACAGCUGGGGAGCAGCUGGUACAGCAACCCCACCUUCUCUUUAUCCAGCAGGGACAAGGUCCGGCUGGCGACAGACUCUGAGCUGGACCAGGACCUCAAUGACAGGCCAAGUUUGGGCAGCAGCGACACCCUGACCAACGGAAGCCACCGCGCUGACGUGGCCUCAGCCAGGCGCCUGGCCAAGCGUCUCUUUAACUUGGAUGGCUUCAGGAAGUCCGAUGUGGCACGUCAUCUCAGCAAGAAUAAUGAUUUCAGCCGAAUGGUUGCAGAGGAGUAUCUGAGUUUCUUCAAUUUCACAGGCCUCACUCUUGACCAAGCAUUACGGACAUUCCUCAGGCAGUUUGCCCUGAUGGGAGAGACUCAGGAGAGGGAGAGGGUGCUGUCACACUUUUCCAGGCGGUACUUGGACUGCAACCCUCAAGUCAUACCAUCUGAGGAUGCGGUUCACACACUCACCUGUGCCAUAAUGCUGCUCAACACUGAUCUGCAUGGUCAGAACAUCGGCAAGAGGAUGUCGUGCACGCAGUUCAUCGGCAACCUGGAAGGACUGAACGACAGCCAAGAUUUUCCCAAGGAUCUGCUCAAAGCUCUGUACAACUCAAUCAAGAACCAGAAGCUGCAGUGGACACUUGACGAGGAAGAGCUGCGGAAGUCAUUCUCUGAGCUCGGAGACAGCCUGUGCGAGUCCAACACAUCCAGGUCGAUGAAGAGGGUGCCCAGUAGCGGGAAGUCCCUGUCGGACGAGACGCACCCGUCGGGAACGCUGCUGUACAAGAACGGAUUCCUGGUCCGCAAAGUCCAUGCCGACUCAGACGGAAAGAGAACACCGAGAGGGAAGAGAGGGUGGAAGACGUUCUAUGCCAUCCUGAAAGGGCUGAUUCUCUAUCUGCAAAAAGGGGAGUACAGGCCUGAUAAGCAGCUCUCUGACGAGGACCUGAAGAACGCUGUGUCCAUCCACCACUCUCUGGCCAUGAAAGCUUCAGACUACAGCAAGAGACCCAACGUCUUUUACCUGCGGACUGCCGAUUGGAGGGUUUAUCUCUUCCAGGCACCGAACGCAGAACAGAUGCAGUCUUGGAUCACGCGGAUCAACACGGUGGCGGCCAUGUUCUCGGCUCCUCCUUUCCCGGCCGCCAUCGGCUCGCAAAAGAAGUUCAGCCGGCCGCUGCUGCCUGGGACGAUGUCCAAGCAUACAGAGGAGGAGCAGGUCAGAUCACAUGAAACUCGAUUCAGAGCCAUCUCCACCGAACUCUCCGAGCUCCGCUCCUUUCCCCCCGACCGCAAGGUCAAAGGUCGCGAGCUGGAAGAGUACCGGCUACGAGACGAGUACCUGGACUUUGAGAAAACCCGGUAUGGGACUUACGUGAUGCUCCUGCGGGCAAAAAUCCGAAGCGGAGAGGAGGACCUGUCUGUGUUCGAGUCCCAGCUCCUGGACGAUAAUGGGCUGCAGAGGGCUCACUCCAGCCCCACGCUGCAGGACAGCAGCCUGGCCAGCCAGGCCAGCAGCACCAGGGACGGCGGCAACAGCAGCAGAGCCAGCGGCUGCAGCAGCAGCAAACCUCGCCAGGAGGGCCAGAGACACAGCUACCGGCAGGCCGUCAAGAAGUGAGGCGGGGGCGGGGGCGCCGGGAGCGGCACGGCGUUGCACUGCCAACGGCAGGCUGUCUCCCUGCAUCGGCUUUUAUUUGAGAUCCAGGAAGGGUUUUGGAGCUCUGCUUGAAGGGGGAGCAGGAGUGAGGGGCCAACCCCACGCUCUCCCCCCCAAAUACACGAAGCCCUACCCGGCACCCCAAUCUUCUCAUCCAGUGAAGAGGAGGAGCAGAUUCUGUGAGCGGCUCGAAAACACCGGCGAGGACGUUGGUGCGGGAGGUGGAAGGAACAGCUGGGAGGUCACAGAUCUAGCAAGGUGUCUUUGAGAGCGUCUGCUGGGUGCAGCGGGCGGACGGCGCGGCGAGAUAAAGAGGCUGCUCGCGGAUCAAACAGGGCACACAGGAACCUACAUCCAGCAUCCUUUCUUUUUCUCCUCUUCUGUUCUUUCAAGGCACCUCUCUCUCUCUGCCACUCGCUCCCUCCCUUUUUUUUCCUCGACCUUUCGCUCUGUUUCGGGACCAAACAUGUUUACACUCUUUAAAUUGUCAUCGCGCUGCGGACGAGGGACGACUGGGUUUCGGUUUUAGGAGGCGCCGCAACGGACUUUUGCGAACUUCACCAGAUCUUACGGAGCCAUUACAUUCCAGCUCCUUUUAUUUUAUUUUAUUUUUUUGCCACAUCACCGCGAUGUGUUCACAUUCCACACAGGAGCCGGACAUCUCAGCUUUGAGCUCCUGUAUAUUUUCACCAGAUACGGCGUCGGGUUGAGUCAGCGGGGUGCGACACUAGAUGAAGACAUGUCUCCUCCCUUCAGCCGGUUAGAGGCGGCGGUAGAAGUUCACAAUGCUCCUAAGACGCAGCAGCUGUAGCUGCGUCUCACAGACAGAGAAAAGUCUUUUAUUUAUUUAUUUUUUUCGUUUAGCUCUACUUGAACAUCUCUUCUUUGGCUUCUGUCCCGUGACGUGCUUCUGUUCUUUCUACUACUUGGCCGAAUGUUGCUUUUUUGCAGUGAUCCGCAUGCCUGCAUCCUGCACUGCUUCUUUUAGGCCUUUUACUAACUAAAGGGCAAAAAAAAACAAAAACAAAAAAAACGGAGGGGCAGCCAUAAUUGCUCUCCGUUCAAGUCAUUCUCCUCAUGCCGGUGCCAACACGUGUGAUCUUCGUCUGUACUUAUAAACCGUGUUUUAACACUCACCAGGCAGACCCUGAAUGUUCUUGUUUUUUCGAUAUUUUUACAGUAUUUUACAGUCAUCUGUUGAUGUUGAACCUCCCGUGUACAUCAAGUGUGUGAUAUGAAGAUGUAAAAGGAAAUAUGUUACCCAUGCUCUUUGUAAACAUCCAGGAUGUGUUGUAUAUAAUGCACCGCCUGCUUAUAUUGUAGGAUAUCUGACAGUAUAUUUACAAUAUAUCCAGCACAAGUUUUCUCCUUGUUAGUCCCGGAAGCGCUACAUGAUUAAUCACAUGUUGCUUUUUUUUUUUCUUACAUAAUACAGUAUGAAUAUUAUAGCCUAUCAAUGAGUACUGAGGGUGUUUUUAACAGAAUGGUUGUGCAAAAAAAAGCAAAUCCUUCACGCGAGGAUUUGUUACACAGACAGCGCAUGGUUUGUUAACGGCAUGAUUUUGACUGGAUGGACAGGGCUGAUGCUGUUGUUGCAUGAAAAAGAUGAGGAAUGUAAAAAAAAAAAAAAAAAAAAGGACAAAAAAAGCAUAAAUAAAUGAGGAUUAAGUUUGGUAGCCAUAAACACCUCACAGCAUUAUCGACACAUAGCCAUUUUACUACUCAGGCUUUAAACAGGAGCUCCUUGACCAGAUGCAGUUGCUGGUGUUCGACCAGCAGGGGGAGCUGCCCACAUUUCAGCCAUUAUCACAGCUGCAGAGAAUAUGCACACCUGAGGAAAGGGGGGCGGGUCUGCACGGCUAAAGGAGCUAAGGGACCUGUUCUGUGUCAAGUGUUGAAUUUCGGUUUGGCAAAAACAGAACAAUGCAAGCUGUUUUUCAAAUACCUUCGGACACGUUUGUGGAACAGGAACCACAGCCCUUUCCUGCAGUUUAUUUACCUGUAUUUUGAUUAUUAAGGCAAAAAAACUUGAAACAUUAUGAUGAAUUAUGUUUUUUUUUUUUGUCUUUGUGACACCACAACUAUCCCUCUUCAGGUUUUUGGAGAGCUGUUCUUCACCUGAUGUUUUUGUUCAGCCAUAACCUGGAGCUUAUUUUCAUUUCCUCUCGUCUGCAAGUUAGUCAAGCUUCUAGUUGCCACAGUUGACAUCCUGUAGCUUUUAACAGUUGUUUCACUUGACUUUACAGGCGUGUGAUUAUUAGCGGAGUGUCUCUUUAUAACGUGGCCAAGCUGUCGAAAAGUUCCUAGAUGAGUCUCUCAGUUCGUUUUCUGUCCGCAGUGUGGAACUGAAACUAUUAUCCAAAAGCAAAUGAUAAUAUGACAGUAUUCUGAUUAUCAAGUCAUUGUAAUACAAAAAGAUGAAAUGUUUCCAGUCCGAGCUUCUGAACUAUGAUGAUCUACGUCAUUUCUUUGGCUUGCGUGACAAUACACACAAUAACAGGACAAAACAAGUUGUUCUUCACGUACCAUCUGAUGUAUUUGUGGAAACCCAGCCUUGACCUGCAGCUUAUUUGCAUUUUCUUGUCUUCAUACGGUUCAAGUCCUGGUUUUCAUUCUUGCCAUAACCGAUGUGUGUUUAUUUACUGGUAGAGUUUCAUUUUCUCUACUGUCUCAUUUUUUUUCUUGUUUCUUGUCAUGCAUGACAGUAAAGGAAUCUGUUUGUUUGCAAAGAUUUUAUUUGCAUUUAUCCCCUCUUAAGUCAGCCCCCCUUUUUUUUAAGUGCACAGGGGCGACAUCCGGCAGAAAAAAUUAGAUCUAUAGUUUUUGAGCACCCACACAAAAACAAAAUUGCUAACAUGUUAAUUAAAUGACAAAAAGCCUGGACCAGGGAUAAGAACCAUGUAUCUAAACUGCACCUAAAUACCUUUAUUUUAACUGUUUUUUAAAAGAAAAACUAUUGACUCACAUAAAUAAGUUAUGAUUGAUUAAUAUAUAGCUAUUAAAUGCAAAAACCCCUCAUUUAUAUCGUUAAAUUGAGACUCUAAAUUAGUGUGUGUCAGCCCAUAUUUUGUCAUUUUAUCGCCAUGCCUGCAGACAUAGCAUGGCUCUUUGACAUUUUCUGGACAUUUAACAGGUUAAGUCAAGGAAAUAGUCUGAAUAAUUGAUCAUAAACGAAAAAUAUAAGAGUUGCACUAAAAUAAGACUCAAAAAGUGACAAUCAGCGAACAAGUGUCACUAAAUCACUAAAUCCCAGAUAAUACCAGCUUGACAAAAUGCCCUCCUCCUCCGACCACAUCAUCAGAGAGCAGCUGCUUGGGUCUCCAUGGCGCUGGUCAGCAUGGAAAUAUCUGGUUCCCAUGGCGACUGCUCUGCGAUGCUCAAGCAAAAGUCACCGCUCGUUCACACUCGUAAGAUACCUCUCUGUUGAAGCAGCAGCCCGCGCCUGCCUCCAUCUCAGCCUCAUUUCUGAAUGUAAAUAAAGCAUGACGAUAUUAAGCCCUGCUUUCAUUUAUAUUAUGGUUAGAGUAUUAAAACAAAGGGUUAAUAUAUAAGGUAGGUCAACAUGUUUGUUUUUUUUUUCUCUUUGUCUUUGAGCUCAUGGCCAUUUUUCUUUUCUUUUUAUUUAAAUCAGUGUGAAUAAAGGAAAUAUUUAAAAGCUGUUGUUUGCUGUUUUAGAGAUCCGAGCCAGGUCAUACAAAUCUUUUUACACGUAGAGGUCUGAUCUGAUCCAUCUCAGUGUUUUUUAGACUGGUGCAGGUGAAGGCAAUGUUCAUUUUAUGCUAUAACAUACAAGUGAGCUACGUGUGUCACUGCCUUGUUAUAAGUCACCAAGGAAAUGUUGUACGUGAGCCUCUCAUUUUGGGGGACAUUGAAGAUAAAUAAAGGUGUUUUGAAAGGUU